AUGCCUUCCCGACGUUCCCAUGUCGCAAGUUCGUCCUUGGCUCCUCUUUCCGAGAUCAUCAAACUUCAACCGGAGGGGGAGCCAUGGUGUGCCGGUUAUGCUCCUUCGCAGGGUCGUCGCUGCCACGCGCGUACAAAUGCACGAGGUCGCAGGUCAGCAAUGAUGCUUCUCAAUGAGGGUACCAAGGACCUUCGAGCCGGUCGCAGCAUCGAUGAACUGCUGGAAGAUUUGGCCCCUCAUGUCUUAUGCACCAGGUUCCAUCAAAAUCAAGCUUUGGACCUUGCACGGCGUUGGAAGAGAGACCUACGCGUAUAUCUUGAUUCGCAGGCCGCUUCAACGCUACCUUCAACACCAGUCAGGAUACCAUCCCGAAGGACUGAUUUGGAACCCACCGAAGCGUACUUGGAAGAGAGGACAGCUAUUCUCUACCAAAGAAUUCAUGACGCUAUGGAAGAGCUGAAACGCCUUGAGAAUAUCCGAAUGAGCCAAACAGCCAUCUCAACUCAUCACACUGAUAGCGCGAGUAGAGAUACGGGUAUACGUGUUAGGACCACCCGCGCGGAAAGCACGCCAAGCAGGAAUAUCCCUAGUAGAAGAGUGCGAACAGACUCAACGAGAUUUAGCAAUCAGUCAACAGCAAUUGCACCUCUGCCAGUACAAGCGCAAGUCAGUCAUCAGAUAAGGGCAGUCCCAAUUUUGAGCUCAAGACCCCAAGACCCGCCAAUUAUUCCCGCCCUCGGAAGCCCCAGAAAUAGCGACCCCCAGAAUGAAACUCCACAGACCAAUCGCCGUGAUGUCGAAGGAGAAUGUGGGAUAUGUCUGUGCAAUUUGCAUAGCCCACAGCAACAUACAAUCCCAGAUGAGGAAAUUGAAGAGCGGAGCGAAGAGAGUGGCAGUGAUGACGACGAUGAGCAAUCGGAAACUGAGUAUGAGGAUAUUCACCAAGAUGAAGAAUUGACAUGGUGCAAGGCAUGCUGUGGAAUCAACUUUCAUAAAGCUUGCAUCGACCAAUGGCUAGAAGCAGAUCAAUGGCGAGAAACAAAUCGCGCCCCCACAUGCCCGCUGUGUAGGAGUCGCUGGAAAUGCUGA